AAGUCCGAAGCCAGGCACGAGUUAGCCCGUAAGCCAGCGGCAGUUUCGGACCACGUAGCUGGGGAGCGAAAGCGGGGUCCUGAUGCGCAAGUCACGGCAACCCUCCGCGGAGAUGAAGGCGGACUCCGACCGGCAUUAAUACCCAAAAGUCUUCUUCAUUCAGCUUGUCAUUAUGGCAGCGCCGAAAAUGGCGUCAGCGAAGCACCGGGUCCGCGCCUUGACGUUCGUUCUCCUGACCGCCACGGGCUGCCUCGUCGCCCCCACCAGUGGCAAGGAAGGGUCGGAGGAGACGGUCAUUACCGGCCUGCGCCUGGAGGACACGGAUGAUAUUUCCUUCAUGGACCGCGGCUUCCUGCGGGUGAGCGAGCGCUCCAGGGUCAAACUGCGAGUCUACGGGCAGAACAUCGACAACGAGACGUGGUCCAAGAUCGCCUUCACGGAACACGAGAGGAGCCGCGCGGUGGGGAGCCCCGGCGGGGACAACCGCAGCCAGGAGGACCCCCCGGCCUCGCACCCCUGCGGUAUCCGGACGUCAGAUAUCAUCAUCCUGCCCGGUAUCGUCGUGAGCAGGAAGACGUCCGGCGUGGUGGAGAUCGACGUCAAGCCUCUGCGGAAGACGGAGAGGAGCAAGUCCUACUACCUUUGCAUCGCCGCCGCGGCGGGGACGCGCGACCCGUGGACGGAGAACACCUGGAUCUACCACGACGGCGACGACACCCGGGUCAUAGUCGUGGAGGAGAAGAAGUUCCUGCUGCCCUUCUGGCUCCAGGUCAUCUUCAUCUCCAUGCUGCUCUGUCUGUCGGGGAUGUUCAGCGGCCUGAACCUGGGGCUCAUGGCCCUGGACCCCAUGGAGCUGCAGAUAGUCCAGAACUGCGGCACGGAGCGGGAGAAGAACUACGCCAAGAAGAUCGAGCCGGUCCGGAGCCAAGGGAAUUACUUGCUUUGCUCGCUCCUGCUGGGGAACGUGCUGGUGAACACCACCCUGACCAUCCUCCUGGAUGACAUCGCCGGGUCGGGGCUGAUCGCCGUGGUCAUGUCCACCAUCGGGAUCGUGAUCUUCGGGGAAAUCGUCCCCCAGGCCAUCUGCUCCAGGCACGGCCUGGCCGUGGGCGCCAACACCAUCUUCCUGACCAAGUUCUUCAUGCUGCUCACCUUCCCGGCCUCCUACCCGGUGAGCAAGCUGCUGGACUACCUGCUGGGCCAGGAGAUCGGGACCGUGUACAACCGGGAGAAGCUCCUGGAGAUGCUGCGCGUCACCGACCCCUACAACGACCUGGUCAAGGAGGAGCUCAACAUCAUCCAGGGCGCGCUGGAGCUGAGGACCAAGACGGUGGAGGUGGUGAUGACGCCGCUGCGGGAUUGCUUCAUGAUCCCCGGGGACGCCACGCUGGACUUCAACACCAUGUCGGAGAUCAUGAAGAGCGGAUACACGCGCAUCCCGGUCUUCGAGGGCGAGCGCUCCAACAUCGUGGACCUGCUCUUCGUCAAGGACCUGGCCUUUGUGGACCCGGAUGACUGCACGCCGCUCAAAACCAUCACCAAGUUUUACAGCCACCCGUUGCACUUUGUCUUUAACGACACCAAGUUGGAUGCCAUGCUGGAGGAGUUUAAAAAAGGAAAAUCCCAUCUGGCCAUAGUUCAGAGGGUCAACAAUGAGGGUGAGGGAGACCCUUUCUACGAAGUUCUGGGUAUUGUCACCUUGGAGGAUAUUAUCGAAGAAAUCAUCAAGUCAGAGAUCCUGGACGAGACAGACUUGUACACCGACAACAAGACGAAGAAGAAAAUCACCCAUCGGGAAAGGAAGCAGGACUUCUCGGCCUUCAAGCCUUCCGACAAUGAAAUGAAGAUUAAAAUAUCACCUCAGCUUCUGCUGGCUACCCUGCGUUUCCUAGCGACAGAAGUCGACCUGUUCGCUCCGCCGCAAAUGUCUGAAAAGAUUCUGCUGCGCUUGCUGAAGCAUCCCAAUGUCAUCCAGGAGCUGAAAUACGAUGACAAGAACAAGCGGGCGUCCGACCACUACCUCUUCCACAGGAACAGGCCUGUGGACUAUUUCAUCCUCAUUCUGCAGGGAAAAGUUGAAGUGGAGGCAGGAAAAGAGGGGAUGAAGUUUGAAGCAGGAGCGUUUUCCUUCUAUGGGAUGAUGGCCCUUACUGUCUCACCAGUCCCACUGUCCCUCUCUCGAACCUUCGUCAACAGGGCCGACUCGUUAGCUGGAUCACCAGAAAGUAAAUCUCCUCCACGGCAGUUUGGGCUCAAUCAUUCGGACUCUCUGAACAGGAGCGAUCGAAUAGACGCCAUCACACCAACGCUUGGCAGCAGCAACAAUCAACUCAACUCCUUCCUGCAGAUAUACGUCCCCGACUAUUCUGUCAGGGCGUGUUCAGACCUGCACUUCAUUAAGGUGACGCGGCAGCAGUACCAGAACGCCGUGAUGGCGUCGCGCUUGGACAAGACGCCGCAGUCGACGGACAGCGAGUUCACCAAGAUCGAGCUCACGCUGAGCGAGCUGCGCGACGGCGUGGAGCCCUGCGCCGUGGCCGCCGCCCCGGCCGUGACUGUGCCCUCGGCGAACGAGACGUCCCACCUGCUCAACCAGCAGCACAACUGCGUGGGCGUGAGCCGGAGCAACCACAGCGCUCACAACGAGGGGCCCGUCUAGCCCCCCCUCCCGGGAGACCCCAGAGCCUUCACCCUCCAGUCUGACGGACACACGGCGCAGCGGCGUAGCUAGAGACCAGGGGGACACGGGGGGGGGGUGCCCUCGGACGCUGCCCCCCCUCCUCUCCAUUCAGUCAGUUAGUGAGACCCUCCAAGGGUGGGGGAGGUGGGUGUCUCUGCUACACCCUCCUACAGACGGUGCUGAGACUGAGCUUCCAUUGCCGUGACUUAUAGGACGGAGUUACCGUGUGCAUGCAUCCCCUCACUCAGGCCAAAGACCUUGGUCCCCCCCGCCCCCCCCCCGGGCCCGCUCCCACCUCCCCUUUUUGCCACACUGCUGUUUGCUUGCACACGUGCAACCAAACACAAAGCGAUCCCACCUUUUUUUUUUGCAUCUUUCAGGGAAACUCCCAUCAUCAGCAUGGACUCAUGGAGCAAUGGUUUGGCAAAGACUGCACCAAAAACCGCUUUGAGAGAAACCAUUACAUCACAAACCAAGAAUGUUCUCCUGUAUUUAUUUAUUUUAUACUAUUGUAUGUACGUGUAUGGAUACAUACAUAUGUAGGGAGGCGUGAAGAAACAUGCCCGUGAAGGUGAGGAAGAACAUCAACUUCCAUGCGUGUUCGUGAGGGGGUGAAGGUCUUUUACAGAUACACUAUGUACAUUACAGAUUGUCUUAUUUUUACUAUUGUAUAUUCUUAAUUGGGCUUUUUCACCCUUAAAAAAGAAAAAAAAAAAUCACACUAUUGCCUUGAAGAAAAAGAAAUCGUUAACAGUAAUUAUUUUAACAAAGUGCAAUGAACAGAAGUUUAUUUAAGAGAUGAUUAUUAAAGACUGUAUUGUAAAUUGACAGAUAUAUUUGUGUGUGUGCGUGCGUGUGUGUGUGCGUGUGUGUGUGAGUGUGUAAUUGUGUGUUUGGAUGCUACUAAACCCCACAUCCACGCGCAAAGUGUCCCUUACUCUAAUUGGAUGAGCUCGGUCAUGUGACCCGCACGUCACGGCAUUGAAGUGUCUUGGAGUUGUCAUCUUUAAUCAAACUUGACUAUUGCACAGUAUUAAUGACCUCAUCUAACAUGUGGAGCAUCUUCUACGUCACAAGGAGAAACCCCAACAUUAAAAAUGCGGCGUUCCUUUUUUUUUUUUUACUUUCAUUUCCUCCGUUUAUCCACCACAAAAGGGGGGCCAUUCCACCAAAUCGAUGUCAUUUGUAAUCUAAAACGUUGGUCUCUAUUCAACUGUAAGUCUGGCAAUAUAUAUAUUGAACUUCCUCUCAUCUAAGGCAAUAUUAUUUUGUCCUGGUGACGCACUAAAGUAACAGGACUCAAAGUAACAGGAGUGAGUUUUUAGCAUAGAAUGAUCAAAUACAUGAACUAUAGCCACAUAGCAUUUAUGCUUAAGAGCAUGUUAACACAACAAAAACACAUGUAUUUAAAAAAUAAACAUAAGCUUUUUUCCAGUUUAUUAUUGUUUUCUUAUUAUUGCUUUAUUAUUAAUAUAUUUUUAUUUUAUUUUAUUAUUUUUAUUUAUUUGAGGGGGGAAGGCCGCACGGUGGGGUAGGGGUUAGUGCGCCUGCCUCACAAUACGAAGGUCCUGAGUAGUCCUGAGUUCAAUCCCAGGCUCGGGAUCUUUCUGUGUGGAGUUUGCAUGUUCUAUCUGUGACUGUGUGGGUUCCCCCCGGGUACUCCGUCUUCCUCCCACCUCCAAAGACAUGCACCUGGGGAUAGGCAAAACUAAAUUGGCCCUAGUGUGUGAAUGUGAGUGUGAAUGUUGUCUGUCUAUCUGUGUUGGCCCUGUGAUGAGGUGGCGACUUGUCCAGGGUGUACACCGCCUUCUGCCCGAUUGUAGCUGGGAUAAAUAAGCACCAGCGCCCCCCGCAACCCCAUAAGGGACAAGCGGUAGGAAAUGAAUGGAUGGAUGGGGGAAAAAGAACAUCCAUCCAUCCAUUUUCUGCCGCUUAUUCCCUUUGGGGUCGCAGGGGGCGCUGGUGCUUAUCUCAUCUACAAUCAAUUGUAUUUCUGGACUGUUUAUGUCAAAAGUUCAAUAACUAAAUGUUUAAAAUACAUAAAUAAACGUAAGGAUUUAGUAAACAGGAUUGUGCUAAAAUGUUCACCUUGUACGGCUCGUAGUAAAAUAAAUAAAAUAUUUAUCAUACCUCUUUUCAUAUAUAUAUAUAUAUAUAUAUAUAUGUAUAUAUAUACAUAUAUGUAUAUAUACGUUAGGUCAGGAAAAAACACAGGCUAUUUCAUCCCUACAAGCCUGUUUCGCAGGUUUCUCUGCUCUUCAGGGGAUUUUACCUGUGAAACAGGCUUGUGGGGAUAAAUAGCCUCUGGGUUUUUUCCUGACCCAACGUAGAUUCCGCUCUACCCCGAUAAUGAGCAUAUAUAUACAUAUAUAUAUUUGUGUGUGUGUGUGUGUAAUUUUUAUUUUUUUAUUUUUUUAAUGUACUACAUGAAAAGUAAAAUCUGUACACUGGCAACUCAGUCCCCAGAAUUGUCAAUGUUUUUUAUGUUUUUUACAGUAUAUUACUGUAAAUGAAAAACAGUACCACUGCUUUUUUCCGUUAAAAUACUGGUGACUGAGCGGAAAGUUUUUUUUUUUACUGUAAAAUCUAUACUUGUUGUUUUUACAGUGUAUUACUGUAAAUAGACAUUGAUUUUUUUUUUGAACGCUGAAAUUUUGACAAAUGAGCAGCCUGAUUUUUUUUUCUUUUUUCAAAACUAUUAGUUUAAUAUUGUUACAGAUUAAAACUACUUUCCAACCUUAAAAUCCGACAAAUAUAACUGACAUUACGUUAUAAGCAUAAACAAGAUUAUUAUUAUAGAUUCGUACAUAAGUCAAGCAGAUAUUUAAGUAUCUUAUUUUUAUUUCACCAAAAAAAAUGUAAAGUAUGUGUUACAUUAUUGUAUAAUAUUGAAUAAUAAUAUAUAUCAUUGCAUGCAGUACAUAUAUAUAUUUUUAAUGUCAAAAAAGAAAGAAUGAAUACAUUUAGUAAGAGAAAAUAAAGUACUUUAUUAACGCAUAUUACUUCCAGGCUUUAUGUGGUCCACGGGCCUUGAGUCUGAGACCUGUGGGUUAGCGUAACAGGACUGAGACACGCCUAAUGUGUGCAUUUAACUCAAUUGUUGUUUUAUAAGAAAAUAAACAUAUAGUUGAGAUGAAGAGUAAUACAAAUAUGUAAAAAUAUAACAAGAGAGCAAUACAGGCGACACAUGCUUUUUUUUUUUUUCAAAGUCAUCUUUUAAAUUGUAUCUAUUAAAUAUGCAAUCACAGGACACUUUAUGAAAAAUAUAUAUAUUACACAGAGUUAAUUUUACUGCGCAUUUUAAUAUUAUAUUUUCCUGGGCAUGCAAACGGCAUCGAUGAGGUGGAAUGGCCCAGAUCUUAUGAAGGCCCUUUUUUUUUUUGACAGCAGUGAAUGUGAAAGUAGUUUUGUGGCGGCCAUCACAACACACAUCAUAAUCCAUGUUGAAUAAUUCUUUAGUUACGUCAAAACUCUUGUGUCACAGCUGUUGUGGCUGCCUAUUAAAAACAUUUACAUUGA